AUGUCCAACAACAAAACAUACAAAGAUGCGUUUGCCCUUUUCGACAAAAAAGGCACGGGCAAGAUCCCCGUGGAGCACUUGGGGGACUUAUUGAGAGCUGUGGGCCAGAACCCCACUUUGGCUGAGAUCUCUGAGUUGCAGAGCACCAUCAAGGCUCCCGAAUUUGAUUUCGAGACGUACGAGAAGAUCAUCAACAGACCCGAUGGAUUCAAGCCUCUCGGGCUCCCUGAGGACUACAUCAAGGGCUUCCAGGUGUUUGACAAGGAGCAGACCGGUUACAUUGGUGUGGGUGAAUUGAGAUACAUUUUGACGUCGAUUGGGGAGAAAUUAACUGACGCCGAGGUGGACGAGUUGUUGAAGGGCGUGAACGUGACUGCUGAGGGCAACGUGGACUACGUUGAGUUUGUCAAGUCGAUCUUGGACCAGUAA